AGUGACAGACUCACUUCUUGCUAACAACAGCUAGCAGCCCGUGUCUCUCCGGUGAACUCUCCGGUGAACGCUCCGGUGACGGCUCCGCAGUCAUGGCUCUACCGGCUCAGCUCCGCUCCAUCCAGCACCACCUCCGAACCGCCCAGGAGCACGAGGCCCGGGACCCGGUGGUGGCGUACUACUGUCGUCUCUAUGCUAUGCAGUCGGGCAUGAAGCUGGACAGUAAAACACCAGAGUGCCGAAAGUUCCUGAUCAAACUCAUGGACCAGCUGGAGUCGAUGAAGAAGGAGAUGAGUGACCAUGACUCCAUCACUCAGGAGGUUGUUGGCAACGCCCACAUUGAAAACUACGCCUUGAAGAUGUUCAUCUACGCCGACAACGAGGACCGGGGGGGGCGGUUCCACAAGAACAUGAUCAAGUCCUUCUACACAUCCAGUCUGCUGCUGGACGUCCUGUCUGUGUUCGGGGAGCUGUCAGAGGAGAACAUCCAGCACAGGAAGUACGCCCGCUGGAAGGCUACCUACAUCCACAACUGUCUGAAGAGUGGGGAGACGCCUCAGGCGGGGCCCAUCGCCAUGGAGGGGGACGGGGAAGCAGACGAGUUUGGAGCUGCAGGUUUCUCAGGCCUCUCCCAGGGCGGAUCCUUCAGGGGAGCUCCUCCUUCUCAGUCCUUUGACGACCAGAAUCUGGAUCCAGGUCCGGCCCCCGGGUUUGGGUUUACUCCGGGUCCAGGACCGGGACCAUCGGCACCAUCGGGUCCUGGCACCAUCAACUACAACAACGUCCACAUCCCACCAGGGGCCCACGCCCCGGCCAACACUCCAGCCGAGCUGCCUCCGCCCACAGCAGAAGGAGUGAAACCAGUGCCUCUGCCUCGCUCGGUGCCCGUUGUCGACCCCACACUGCUCAACGCCCAGCAGCAGGGAGGUGUCCACCUCACCCCGGAGGACUUCACCAAGGCUCAGAAGUUGUGUAAGUACGCGGGCAGCGCCCUGCAGUACGAGGACGUGGGCACGGCGAUCCAGAACCUCCAGAAAGCUCUGAAACUUCUCAUGACCGGCAAAGAAUGAAGCCUUUGUCCUCCUCAAUCUGAUCCCUCCAUCAUCCAGCCCUCCUCCAUCCCCCUCUUUUCUAGAGCAGCGCCGCUGAUGUGGCCCACAGCGACACACACACACACACAGACACACACACACACACACACACACACACACACACACACACACAGACACACACACACACACACACACACACACACAAUGAGGCGUCCUAUUCAGUUGGCUGUCAGAGGAGGACAUGAUGGAAAUCAGUCUGCAACAACGGCUCCCUGUGUCUGACGCUGCGUCUCUGACUCAAUGACUCUCUGACUCAAUGACUCAAUGACUCUCUGACUCUCUGACUCAAUGACUCUCUGACUCUCUGACUCAAUGACUCAAUGACUCAAUGACUCUCUGACUCUCUGACUCUCUGACUCUCUGACUCUCUGACUCUCUGACUCAAUGACUCAAUGACUCAAUGACUCUCUGACUCUCUGACUCUCUGACUCUCUGACUCUCUGACUCAAUGACUCUCUGACUCUCUGACUCAAUGACUCAAUGACUCUCUGACUCUCUGACUCUCUGACUCUCUCACUCAAUGACUCUCUGACUCUCUGACUCUCUGACUCUCUGACUCAAUGACUCUCUGACUCUCUGACUCUCUGACCCUCUGACUCUCUGACCCUCUGACUCUCUGACUCUCUGACUCAAUGACUCAAUGACCCUGUGACUCUCUGACUCUCUGACUCAAUGACCCUCUGACUCUCUGACUCUCUGACCCUCUGACUCUCUGACCCUCUGACUCUCUGACUCAAUGACUCAAUGACCCUGUGACUCUCUGACUCUCUGACUCUCUGACUCAAUGACUCUCUGACUCUCUGACUCUCUGACCCUCUGACUCUCUGACCCUCUGACUCUCUGACUCUCUGACUCAAUGACUCAAUGACCCUGUGACUCUCUGACUCUCUGACUCAAUGACCCUCUGACUCUCUGACUCUCUGACCCUCUGACUCUCUGACCCUCUGACUCUCUGACUCUCUGACUCAAUGACUCUCUGACUCUCUGACUCUCUGACUCAAUGACUCUCUGACUCGAUGACUCGAUGACUCGCUGACUCGCUGACUCUCUGACUCUCUGACCCUCUGACUCUCUGACCCUCUGACUCUCUGACUCAAUGACUCUCUGACUCUCUGACUCUCUGACUCAAUGACCCUCUGACUCUCUGACCCUCUGACUCUCUGACCCUCUGACUCUCUGACUCUCUGACUCAAUGACUCAAUGACCCUGUGACUCUCUGACUCUCUGACUCAAUGACUCUCUGACUCUCUGACUCUCUGACUCUCUGACCCUCUGACUCUCUGACCCUCUGACUCUCUGACUCUCUGACUCAAUGACUCAAUGACUCUCUGACUCAAUGACUCUCUGACUCAAUGACUCUCUGACUCAAUGACUCAAUGACUCUCUGACUCUCUGACUCAACGACUCUCUGACUCUCUGACUCUCUGAGUCUCUGACUCAAUGACUCUCUGACUCUCUGACUCUCUGACUCAAUGACUCAAUGACUCUCUGACUCUCUGACUCAACGACUCUCUGACUCUCUGACUCUCUGAGUCUCUGACUCAAUGACUCUCUGACUCAAUGACCCUCUGACUCAAUGACUCUCUGACUCUCUGAGUCUCCAAACCUCCACAGUAAUAAGACGUCUUUUCUUUUCUUGUCUCUUCUCGUCUUUCCAGCGACUCAACGUGGAUUCAACAGGAAACUGUGACGCGUUGAGUCGAUAUUUUUAACUUCAGUUUCUGUUUUAUAAGUUGAAACUGUCACGUUCAGCUCAGACGCUAAAGAACAAAGGGUGGAGGAAAACAAAACAAUCCAAUAAACCGUGGAAUAGAACUGCUGUUUGGUGUGGGGCUGCUGUCUACAGGGGGCGCUACUUCCCUUUCUCUGUGUGUUGAUUACUCCUGAGGAGGAAGUGGAGGUUGUUCUGCUCAUGUAACGUUUCUCAGAAGUUCUUUUAGUGAGAUGUUUGGUUUUUGGUUUUUACAGUUUCUAAGUUUCUUCAGAAUCUCGUCAGAUUCAAAGAGAUUUGAAUAAAAUAUUUGAAAAGAUGCUGAGAUGUUGAUUUGUGUAUUUUUAUGUUUCAGUGAUUAAAGCUGAGAUAAAAAUCUGUAAAACUUUUACAAUUGAUUCUUCAUUUUGCCAUGAACUGUUGUGUGAAGCACUUUGUAGCCCUGUUUAAAUAAGUGCCAUAACAAUAAAGUUAUUAUUCUGGUU